GAGAAUAUGGGGCGGAGAAUAUGGGGCAAGUACGAUAAUGAGGAUGGUAAGGUAGUAUAGGGAAGAAUAAGGGGGGUGGUAAAUGACAUAAUGUAUGUAUGGGAUAGGUAACGUAGAACAGAAAUGAAGGGAGCAACAAGAUAAAUAGGAAGGAACAGACUGGUGAUAAACCUGGUACAAACAUACUUACAGAUUGAACAUGGUUAUUGUUUACCGACUGAGCGGUAGAAUCGUUCCACACAGAUCAUCAGCACCACAAUGCACCGUGCAUCUACAUUGUAAGUACGGAUCAGCACAGAAUGCAAGUCGAUCAAAGGUACGUGUGCUAGUCGUACCGUGUUCACGCGUACCCCAGGAAAUAAAAAAAUGCGCAAUCAAACACCAAAGUACCCCCAAGAAAUGAAACAAUCCGUACAAAACAUUCAACCAGGCGAAUGGCACUCAUCGGACGAACAGCUGCUAAAUUCGGACAUAUCACUUUCUGAAAGUGAUAUUAUCAACAAGGAGAAUGUGCAUGAGAUGGUUAAGGAUGUAGAUGGCGUGAAGGGUAGCGAUAGAGAACGGCUGGAUAAGAUUUAUGGAUAUUUAGAGAUGGACAGGGAGGAGGAUGAGAGAAUGAUAAGAUUUUUGAGGGAGUUUGAGGAUAGGAUUGAUAGGUACAUGGGGUAGGACGGUGUGAUGGAGUGGUACGGUGUGGUGGAGUUAUGCGGUGUUAUACGAGUAGAAAUUGCUAUACGAAUAGAAAUGGUGCUACUGGGUCGUAAAGGAUGAUGUACGGUCAGGUAUGUAAAAUACGCUGGUAUGUUCGUAAUUAACGUACGGUUAAUUGCGAUUGAUACGCUAUCUAAGUGAAAAGGGCGGGUGAAUUGUACCGGUGUAUGAGCAGUGAGGAGGCAUGGAUCAAUGAGGAGGGAUGCAGCAUAUAAACAGAACGAAAAACAUUUUUUAUUUUUUUGUUGCCGUACCGCUCCAAAUAAAGGGAUGAGCUGUUCGCAUGCACCCCUAUGUUCAACGAAAACACCAUCGCAUCCCUGCUCACAUCCCUAGAACAGCUCACCACCCAGCCCACACACUCAAAACAUGACCUGAAACGGCUGAAGUACACCAAAAUAGCACUAGCAGUGCUUUCAAAGCAGCUAAAGGGCCCACUCAACACAUCCCUACAAGCACACCUCAAGAAAUACAUAAGCUUGCCCGUACACACGGACAGCACCGUGAUAAAGGUGAACAACGAUUUGGUGCUUGAGGAGAUGAAGCGGUAUGCUAAGAAACUUAAGACCAAGGCGAUUGAGUUUGACGGGUGCUUGGAGAAGGAUAAGGCACAUGUUGAGAGAUUGCAGAUGGGGAUGGUGUAUAAUGUGAAUAGGACCGAUGAGAAUGUGAAGGGUGCAGGUGAACGUACCAUGGAAUGUGGAGGGUGGUUUGUUGGUUCUUUUGUUGUCUUUGUGGUUGUUUAUGUUGUGGUGAGGAUGCUGUGAGGAAGGGGUUGGUAGUGUGGCGUGGAAGUACACCGAUAAACUUGUACAAAUGAACCGUACGUUUUGGUGAACGUGCGGUUCAACCGCUGUAAUAGGUAAAUCAUGCAAUAAAAU